AAAAAAAAUUAAACAAAAUCGAGAAAAUACACAUAAAAUGGAGGAGGAAAGCACGCUAGAAUUGGAGGAAGAAUCGGAGCAAUCGGCAAUUGAGGAAAUUAACUAUGAGGAGUAUGGCAUUAAGUUUCCAUUACCACCGCAGGGAGAUGAAUCCCUCUGUAGGGAUGAAUAUCUGAAGAAACUGUUCGAGCCCAUCGAUCAGAAUGAGAUCACAUCACGUAGGACAUUGCCAAGCGAAAUUUAUUCUCGUAGAUCUCGUAGAACUGGAACUAUAGGUGCAUAUGGAAAUGCUGAGGCAAUGGCCAUACAUAGAAUGAUUAAAAGGAAAGGGAAAGCUGUUGAAUUUCAAGAGCCAACCGAGUUCAAGGUCACACUUUCGGCGGCUGAGAAGCAAAUCAUAUUUAAGAAAUUUAUCGUUCAGUUUCGGAAGGACGCCUUUGAGUAUCUUGCCGUUAGGUUAAAAAGAAGAUUGGAAAUAUUUGUAAAUAUUUGGCCUGGGGAACAUAUACCCUAUAAUCUGUUUCACUGGUCUGUGGAACAUUUUGUGACUCGCAGUCGAAUUAGUCAACUUUAUCUUCAAGUACUCGCAAUCGAAAGAUCCGAAAUGAGUUUAAAUUGUGCAAAGUUCUGUAGGGAUGUUAAUGAGAUUAUACGACUGCUGGAUGCCAUCAGGCAGGACAUCCGCUUGGAUGAGGAUCUCUGCAAAGGCGCCAUGAAAUUAAUGAACGAUGCAAAUUAUGAUAAAAGUGCCAAGUGGAUAUUGAGUCUUGAAGAUGAUCGUGCACUUCGUAGUAAAUUGGCAUUGCAAGUGUUUUCUCAGUACGGUAAAAGGGAAACACCACUCCAUGAUAGUCUCUUGGUUGCCCAGAGUAGAAGACAUGAUGUUUAUAUGCCUAUCGAGCUACGAUAUCGCAUCAAAUGUAUACAUAGCAGUGGAGAGCAGCAUUUGAUGUGGUUACAGCACAAGGAGAAGGUUCGACAGGAUGAGCUAGAGCAACUAAAUAAUCAGAUAAAAGAAGAUUCAUUGGCAUUCGAAUUCAGGGAAUAUGUUACUAACUUUCAGAUUGAUAGUUAUCGAGUCUCCAUUGCCAAAUGGGAGGAACAACUAGAAAUUGAUAUGGAGGACAUAGAACUGAAGUGCUCUAUUAAGCGUAAUCUUUAUAUUAAAGCCAAAGAUGAUCUGAAAUUCUACAAGGAGCAGGUGGAAAUGUUCAAGAAAAGAGUUGCCCAGGUGCUGGAGCAAGAGGAAGAGGAGGAACAAGCGAAGCACUUACAAAACUAUCGUCGUGGUACCAAAAUCUCUCUCGCUUCGCUGAGAAAAAAGAAAAGGAAAACCAAAAACAGAGACAGCAAAAAGAAGUGGAGUACAUAAUAAAUUUUUGUUUUUAAGCAGCAGAUAUAACUAUACACAUGCCAGAAUUGUGUUGGCAACCGAAACGAGUCAAUAAACCAAUAUGAGAGCUGUAAACUCAUAAACUCAUAAACUUAACCCU